UAAUUAUUUUUGAUACUCUGCGUAACAAAAACAUGGCAGACAGUGGGAAAGAAAGUACUUCAUUUAUGGAACCAGAGAUUAGGUCAAUCCUUGAUUCUGUAAUAUCUAGCAAUAAACCAAACACAGACCAGGAUCUAUUAUGCUUAGUGACACAUGCAGUUCUUCUUCAAAAUGGCUUUAAGGCUGUUUGCGUUGGCAGUUACGACGGGGACAGUCCAAAUGGGCUUGAAGGAACGGCUUUGCCCGAUCAGUGGAACAAACAGGAGGAUCCUGAUUGCUAUGAGUUUACAUACCUAAAGACGGAUAGCCAAAGGCUAUAUACAUUAAGAGCGUUGCUGAUAGAGGAUAAACUUUGCUUCAACUUGCUAAAACAAGGCGAAAGCCAAGGAAAUGCAGCCGAAGUUCAAAUUGCUACUGCAGAUCAUAUUAACAGACAGCAAAAGCCCAUAAAUAUCGAAUGGUUAAAUGAACUGGGGUUCCUCUGGAAAAAAAUCGAGAGAGGUCUUCUUGGAAAGCACCAGGAUCUCUUUGAAAGGCGAGAUUAUGAGCUUCACAGUAAAUUAUUAGAACAAGAAAGACCAAGACAAAGAGAUAACAGGCCACAACCAGUUUUACAUGAUGGUGUCCCGGUACACCCAUUGCAAGCACAUCAACCAUCACCAUUUGCUUAUGGAGAUGCUGACCUCUUUCCUGGUCACCCAGGACAAGGUGGUAUGAUUAUGGACCCUUUUAGAUCAGGUGGAAUAGGGCUUAGACCCCCAAUGCACCCUGGUGUGCCAAGGGGCUCUGUGCCUCCUGGAGCCAGGUUUGACCCAUUUGGGCCACUUACAGAGUUUGACCACUCAACUGGAAGCAGGAGGCCACCAAGAUCAUUUGACCCUAAUCCUGACCAUCUUCAGAGGCCAGGGUUUAAUGAUGAUAUGUACAUGUAGAAUUUUCUUUGCAUAAAAACAUAAUUCACUUUUCAAUAGAGCAAUAUUGAUUUAGAAAGCUGUUGCUGGAGGCAUAUAAAUUACAAAUUUUGCUAUAAACAAGCUGAUAUAAAUUACAAUGUCAGUAAUUCCUUGCAAUUGAAUACUUCAAGGCAAGCAACUCGAAAGCCAAACACAAAAUAAUCCAUCAAUAUGCUUGUAUAGAUCACAUUGUUCCCCAAACAUUGAAGUGGUAUUACAUACCUACAAGUCAGAUUCAUACAAUGUAGAAAAGACCUUAUAAAUACAGGAUACAUAAACAAUUGGCUCAAAGCAAUAAUUUUCCAAUGCUCUUUGUUUGUUUGUACAUCUCAUUAAUGGACUUUCAAGCUAGGCUGGAGUGGUUUCCAGAUAAGAAGGAUAACUUCUUAAACUGAUAAUACCAGUCUUGAUUUUGCUUCAUAGAUAUUGCCUCCGUUUUUGUUCUUGUUAAUUGUAAACAUUUGACUAGUUUUCAUUAGAUUUCAUUUGUAGUUCUUUUUCCUCGGUGAACAAAUCUGUUGCUAGAUGUAGACCUACCAAAGGACCAACAGCACUGAGCCACAAAGGAACAUACCUUGUAGAAAAAUAUUGUUAUUCAGUUGAGCUAGAUUUGCUGUUUGAAAAUAGCUGGAAACGUAAAAACACAAAAUACCAAAUACUAAAGAUUUCAAAAUGGUAAAUAAAAUCA